AGUGGGCCUCUCGUGUUCGGGUACAGAUGUCGUUCGGAGCUGACGUGGUCGCCGCCGCCGCCGCUGCCGCCGCCACCGCCGUCGCUGCUGUUGUCACGUCCGAUGCGUGUGUGCAACAACAGCGAUCAUCUGCCGUGGUCGUCGCUACAGCUUGCCAACUGCCCUGCACUGAGGAGACCGGGAUACCGUCGUAAUAAUAUUAGUACGUACACGAGCACCGUCGAACAGCCACCCCCUCCCUCACGUCUCAACCACUGGUAUACCUAAUCUGCUAACCCACCCCCAAUCCACUACCCUCGAGCUCCGAUUGUAUACUAUUACCGGCGCGGUUACUCGGCAGACCUGGCGCUGAGCACGGUAGCCGUUCGGCACGCUGCCGCCGUGGUGCAAAGUGUCAAGUCGAACCGCGCUCUCGGACUAUUGCCCGCCGCUGUUGUUGCUGCUGUGAUGGCCGCCUUCGCUUUUGCCGUCACUCAUUCGCACGUAACCGCUGACCUGGACGGCUACACUCAUAAAAGACGUCAAUAGGAAUGACAUGAAAUUAAUUGUAUGUCAGUGUGGGGUACAGCCCCCAAGCAAUGGGAGAUAGCACCGAUAACUAUAUUAAUGCCACAGAAUCAGACAUCAUGAUUAAAAGACAAAUAAUCAGAACCGAAUUUUACAAUACUUACGACGUCAUGACUGGAAUUAGAAUUGCAUCCACUUUAGGAGGAUUUUUUUUGAUGAUGGUUCUAUUAGUGCUGUAUAAAAGCAAAUGUAAAACUCGAUCACUCUCCGAUCAACAUCUCGAGGCGGUCAUUAAAGCUGCUGUAGAUCAAGAAGAGCAAUUGGCUGCUUUGGCCAAAAGAAGUUCUAGCUCUAGCUAUUGCUCUGGUCACGGCCUUUGUAGAUGUUCUCCGAGAUAUAGCAUGACUGAGAACAGUGUCACCGAUUGCAACAAUUGGAAUCGUAGGUCUAAGACCUAUCUUUCUGAAACUCAAUAUCAUCCAUACUCUGCUUUAACUCAAACUAGCAACAAAUUUAUGAAGUCGUCUGUAUUAGAGUACUCUUUUGAAGAAGACGAAAACGAUGAUAUUGAGGAAGUGCCUGGAAAUAAUAACUACCAUGUAGCUAAAUGGCUAGAAGUACCUGGUGACAAAAAGUGGAUUCCAAGAGGGAAUAGUGCUAUAACUGUCAGUAGCAACGAUACAAGUUACUUGGAAGCUAGAGGAUCAUCGUUGAUUGUUGGACACCCACCAUCUCCAUUAAACCACCCACCACCCGCAGGAGACCCACCUUGGGAGUUCUACUAUCCUAUUGAUAUACAAGUGAUCCAGCCCACGCCGUGUUUGUCGCCCAGCGGCGGUAGCCAGGAGAGUUUCUCGGACGUGCCCAAGCACACGGAACAGCUGUUGCCGGCCGCGUCCGAUCGGUUCCGGAAGUCGUUGUCGUCGUCGUCGUCGUCGUCGCAACACCGCCGCGGCCGCCAAAGGUCGCGCUCGUCGUCCGCGGCGGCUGCUGCGGCGCCCAUAGCGUCCAUCCGGACGUCGUGUAGCAGCUGCAGUGACGACGCCGCGUCCACGGCUACUACGGUCAACUCGUCCGUGUUCGCCGACGACUGCUGCUGCACGAACGCGUCGCUCCUGCUGCCGUCAACACCGCAUCAGCCACCGGCCAACAACGCAUCGUCGUCGCCGUCGUCCGCGGCCGUCACCGGUAAAAAGGACGUCGUUGCGUUCCGGGACGGGGACGGGGACGAGGACGGGGACGACGACAGUGGGACCGACACGUUCGCGGUCAGAUCGUUUCGCGAUUUCAACCACAGGCCGCAACGAUCGCCGUCCAUCGUGGGCGGCGGCGGCAAGAACGUGAUCGUCGUCCAAGCCGACGUCAACCCGAUAGCCGACUCAAUCGUGAACGCCAACGCAUUAUCAGGGUCUCUGCGCGCGCUCUACGACGCGUCCAAAGAAACGUUGUUCUAGGUUAAGUUCGUGUUCACAAACGCACUGUAUACAUUACAAGACAUUGCAUUUGUCUAUUGUUGUGUACCAUGCGUAUGAUAUACAUAAAAGUAUAUGUAUGUGUGUGUAUGUAUGUGUGUGCGUGUGAGUGUAUGCGUGUGUAUAUGUAUGUAUAAUGUAUAAUUGUGUACACUCAAUCAGGGUUACCAUUAAAAACGAUAUACCUAGUACAUGUCUUGACGACGAGACGACGUGUAUGACGAAACACGAUCUCUUAACAUCUCUUAAGUUUAUUUCACCGAAAAAAAAUUGGUUGUUCGUUUUUAUCCAUCAGUGAUCGCUGUAUUCAUUUCCGAAAGCAGAACGGUUACCAUCAACUCCUAAAACCUCCUUAACUUUAUAGUACCCCCAAGUUGUUGUACAACAACGCAGACAGCAAAUGUUUCACGUGCACGCGUGAUAUUCACAUGUCUAGGUCAAGCGUGGUAUUAUUACGUGGUUAAAUGUUGUUCUAAAUAUCGAUUAGAUGAAUUAUCAACAUCACUGUUCCAUAUUAACCAAAACGAUGUAGUUCCGAACACGAAUCCAUUGAUGAACAAAUCGUGCCCGAAAACAGCGUUCAUAACCCUUAAAAAUUAUUCAUUUAACCAUCUAAAAUAAAUAAUAUAUUUAGAUUGAGAAUCACCUGCAGCGACGUUUUUGAUAUAUAAAUAUCCAUUAUGUGUGUUAGAGCAAAUACAAAUUAAGUAAAAUCACAUGUAAUGAUCUAUAUUAUUGUACAGUGAUCGAUGAGCAUAAAUACUCGUACAAUAGUCGGUGAGCUCGUCGAGUAUAAUGGAUUUUCGUCGGACAACUACUGUCAAAAAUGCACAUGUUGCUCACGGUACAACGUAAUAACACUAACACCUGUGAUAAUAACAAUAAUAUAAAUAAUUAUUGAACUUAUAAUUAUGGCGAUGCUGAACGUAUAACUGGACGCGAAGAAGAAUAGCGCGUACGCUACACCAUAUAGUCAUGAAACGAUUAUUAUUCAUCGCGUUUAAAUGCGAUUCACCGCACACGAAAUAUAUAAUUCUGAAUGUCCUUCGAUGUUGGUGGUGGUAGUGGUGAGCAGUGUUAUUGUGGUUAUUUUGUGUUAGUUAAAUUAGUUAUGUCUACGGAACGCGAUGGGCGAAAUGUCACUUCAUCAAUAAUUAUCUGUUGAGGAGAUGAAAUUAAAAAAAAAAAAAACAAUUUAAUAUUAUUAUUUUUAAUAAAUCAACAAAUUUUGAAAAAUCUUGUCUUAUAAAUGGCCUCCAGCCCGAAAUCUGGUUGUGGUGUAUAAUAGUUAAUCGAACGGUUUCUCUUUAUUCCAUUUAUUCCGUGAUAAAUUAUCCCCAACAUUAUACAAUAUAUAACAUAUACUUCAUGUUUAUAACUACUGUUUCUCGAUGUGUACCGAUUACAUUUUUCAUAAUAUUAAUAAUUUUAUUGUUUAUUGUAUUGACAUGGAUAAUUUAUCAAAGGAACAGGGUUAUUCGUUAAAAAAAAAAAAAAAAAAUCGUUGUAUAUUCAAGGCACACGUUUUAUUGCGACCCAAUUAUGUAAUUUUUUUCAAAAUUAAUUGUCUUAAAAUAUACAACGAUCUGUGUAAAACAAGCUUUUCAUGUAUCAUAUAUUUAUGCAUGUAUAUAAUAUACUGCGUGGUCUUCCAAAUCGAAUGUGACAUUGAUACUUUCUCUAUAAAAUAUAUUUAUUUAUUUUUAUUAACAAGAUUUUAUGACAAAAUCUAUAAUUAAUACAGUGUUUUACAA